GGAAAGGAUAGUAAAUGACGAUCGAUGCUUUUCAUUAAAUGAGUCACAUCAAGUUUUAUAUAGCUAGCUGUGAGCCUGGGACGGCCAUCAUCAUCACUUCCAUCACAUUUUAUCUAAGGCAUUUGUUUUCUGCUCAACCUAACUAGGCUUGCUUCAAUAUUCAACAUGGCGAGAGUUCUACUUCCCAGUUUUGUGCUGGUGUUUAUCAUCGCUGUUAACUGUACUACUCUUGCGGACUCUCGAUCCGUUCAUUUGAAAUACGUCAAAGGGGCAUUGGAAAAAGGGGCUGUUUGUUUGGAUGGUAGUCCGGCUGCAUACUACCAUGACAAAGGGGUAGGCGAUGGGAGUCACAAUUGGGUUAUUUACCUUCAAGGAGGAGGCUGGUGCUCUAAUCACACGGACUGCAAAAAUCGCACCACUUCAGGCCUCGGAACUUCUACUCAUUUCAACAAAACUUUCGCCUUCGAUACUCCUUUUUUUAACAGCAAUUCCACCAGUAAUCCUGAGUUCUACAACUGGAACAGGGUGUUUGUUCCAUAUUGUGACGGAUCUUCGUUUACGGGAAACAAAGAAGCUGUUGAUCCGGUUACUAAUGUAACCUACAGAGGUUUCAGAAUCUUUGAGGCCACAAUGGAUGACCUCCUGUCUAAAGGAAUGAAGCAUGCUCAAAAUGCGAUUCUUAGCGGAGGUUCGGCAGGGGGAUUGGCAGCUAUGAUUCAUCGUGACCGGUUUCGGGAUCUUCUUCCAAUUACUGCACGAGUCAAGUGCCUCGCAAUUGCAUCUUACUUUGUGCAUGAGGCACAUCUUAAUGGAAGCAAACAGUUUGAAGCAACGUUCCUGGGGUUGAUCAGUUUACACGGAUCUUCCAAAGCAUUGCCUCCCCUGUGCACAUCAAGAAUGAGUCCGGAUUUGUGCUUCUUCCCUCAAUACUUUUUGCCGACUAUAAGAACACCUGUUUUUAUAGCAAUGUCGUCAUUCGAUCUAAUCCAAAUAAGGUAUAACCUAUUCCGGGCGGAUGAGGUUUGCCUUUUCCACAAUAAUUGCACUCAUGAUCGGCUCAAGGCAAUCCAAGAUUUGAGGCAAUACGUACUUUCCACGUUACCAAAAGCUUGUCCUUCCGAAAGGGGAAUGCGGAUUACUAGUUGCAUCGCCCAUGAUCUACCAUACUAUUGGAAUAUGUCUUAUGGAAAAGUUCUUAACGAUUGGUUUAUUGAUGGAAGUUAUACUCAAGUAAUUGAGGAUUCUGCAAUACCAAGGAAUUGCACUUUCAUCACUCCCCAUUCAGAUUAAGUUUUACUUACAACAACUUCAACGUAGUACUGUUUGACCUAUUGCUGGUGUUUUUUUUCCUUUCAUUGGAAAUGAGGGAUAUGGCAUGGGUGCCCUCAGUCAUUAUCUUUGCUUUUUGUCUGAUCCUUAAUCCUUAGUUAAUCAACUUAUUUCUCUUCUAAUCUCUAAUUCAGGUUUUACGAUUUAUAGAUCUUCGUGUGCAACUCCGAAGUACUUCGGCUAAAACUUCAACCCAGAAGGCAUUCAAAUGAAUUCUUGAAAAUAACUGCGCAGUUAUCUUCAACAAGAAGGGUCUGAAAUAUCACAGAAAACAAGAAGGGUUCCAAAAAGCUCACGAAGGCUUUGCAGCAUUUGAUAUAAAACUGCUUCACACAAGCAUGCUUCCACACCAUUAUUCGUGGUAGACCAAACAAAGUAUUCAGGAAACUGAAUAUAUAAAAGAUUAAGUUUUUUUGCCACCUCAUCCCGAGCAUUCAUUUGGAAGUAUUCUGUAUGCAUGGUUCGAGAUUGAACAUCGUCCUUGACUAUUGUUGUUAUCCUUUGAGCGCCACAAAAAUUUAUGUAUUGAAAAUUUUCCAAAUGAACUUGCAGUUGGAACACAGACGGGUGCAUAUCUGCAAUUGGGUAGAUUGCAGAGACCCAAUCGUAUCGUAUCGUAUGAUAUCAUAUCAUAUAUCAUAUUAUAUUAUCGUAUGUUAUAUUAUAUUAUGUUAU